AUGGCUUCGCCCGUAACCCUAGACUCGUUUCUUCAAUGGGAUCCAGCACAGGUGGCUUCGUUCAUCAACUCUGUAGUACCUGACGAUGGCCGAUCCGUCGGUCUUGCAUUUCUAGACAACAACAUCGAAGGAUCGUUGCUUCCGUUCUUGACAACUGAACAUCUCCGAGAGCUAGGCAUUCUCAAAUUACAUACUAGACUCACGAUAAAGCGAGCCAUAAACGAUUUGAUUUGCCAGCAUUACCUGAAAAACCCCCCGCAAUCACUAAAUGAUCCAGAAUACAAACUCAACAACAUCAACAUCAACAAUAACCAUAUCAGCCUCGAGUCUCUUCAACUUUCCACCGUUUUAAUAAAAGACAUGAUUAAGAAAGUGGGAGUUUUUGCCAAACAACAGGCACUUUCUGAAAUGUCAUCGCCUGGCUCUCCGGGCCAGAUUGAAAUGAAAAAACUCCACGAUAACUUCAACAAACUCAAGACUGACUUGAUCCCCGUGAUACGAUUGUUGAAAGACUCGAAGCCUCUUCCCACUCCCGUCUUGGAUUCGCCUACUACUAGUUAUAUGAGUAGCAAUUCAGACCAUGACGACAGCACUCUUUCAAACUCAAAUGCCAACACUUUGGCACUCAGAAACGUAGCCGCUUUGAAUACGGUUGCGAACAGAAACUCAAACGCAACAAACUUAACAAAUUUGCCCAGUCCUACUUACUCCAAGAGAUUCUCUUCUGGUUCCAUCUUAUCUUUGGGAACAGGCAAAGUAGUACAACAGGCUGUUCCCAAACUCGAACCCAGAUUAAAUAAUGACUUCCAUUUGCAGACCAUCCCUCAGAGUUUGUCUAAUAGAAGUAUCAGUGAGUCACACGUAGAAACUUUUGCCUCUUCACAAGCAAGACCUCGUUUAGUAGAAACCAAAUCUUCUGGAGCUACGCCAACAACAGCCAAUGCAUCCAAGGCAAUUGGUAACGGAUCAGUGCCUGGAGCAACUGUUCUCAAGCCAACACUAAAACUGUAUGGAAGCAACCAGCAAAUCGGUCAACAACCUAAGCCAUCUUCUGCUCCUGCUGCCAAUGAGCCUCUAAAGCAGCUCAGAGCUUCUACAGACGAUUCCUGUCUCAAGAUCUUGCAACAGGCAAUGAAAAGACAUCAUAUUCCACGUGACGACUGGUCCAAGUACGUCUUGGUCAUUUGCUAUGGUGAUAAGGAGAGAAUCCUCAAACUUGGCGAAAAGCCUGUCGUUGUCUUUAAGGAACUCCAGGAGUUGGGCAAACAUCCAGCCAUCAUGUUGAGACAGUUAGCUCCUACAGUAGAAGACGAUAAUAAUAUAGAAUACGUAGACUCUCGGAUCGGUGACGAUAUUCCGGGAGGGACGCUAUAG